CUAGUCAGAUAGCCAAUGAAGCUGGACAGGAAAAAGUUUCUUCCAUGGCAGGUUGGUAAUAGAGAGGUUUCUUGGACGGUGUCUGCAUGGAAUUUUCUUUUGACAAGACUUGUCACAUGAUUAUAUGGGCUUUUAGAUAUCAGACGAGGGCAGUUCCGCCAUGGAGAUUCUCUUUUGCAGCCAACGAACAUGGGCAAAAAGGAUGGAGACGAAUGCUCCAAGCAUGAUCAUCGUCUUCAUUCCCUUGUUGCUGUGUGUGCUGCUCCUGGAGACCUUUCAGCCUCCUACGGCAACUGCUGUGUCUACGCAGCGUGGAAACAAUGCAACCGACUGGUCUUCGCUCCUUGCCUUCAGGUCACUGAUAUCUGAUGAUCCAGUGGGAUCUCUGGCCUCAUGGAAUGACACCCUCCAUUUUUGCCGGUGGCGAGGUGUUACGUGCGGUCGGCGUCACCCGGAAAGGGUCACAGCCCUCGAACUCGACUCUCUCGGCCUGGUUGGUCUCUUAUCACCUUUCCUUGCCAACCUCACCUUCCUCCAGAGAAUCAACCUUUCAAACAACCGGUUCAAGGGACACAUCCCGGAAGAGUUUGGUCGCUUGCGCCGGCUCCGAUAUCUCAACCUCACCCUCAACUCCCUUGGAGGAGUGAUUCCAUCCGCUCUGGGCCGGUGCUCCCAGCUCAGAGUCAUCAGUUUGAGGGACAAUGCACUGCAAGGUGAGAUUCCAUCCGUUCUGGGCCGGUGCUCCCAUCUCAGAAUCAUCAGUUUGAGGGACAAUCCACUACAAGGUGUGAUUCCAUCUACUCUUACCUUUCUCUCCCGCCUCCAAAUUAUCGAUUUGGGGAACAACAUGCUUCGAGGGGAAAUCCCUUCCAAUUUCAGCCGCUGUCAAGAACUUCAAGAAAUUAAUUUAAGGAACAACAUGCUCAAAGGUGAAAUCCCUGCAGAGCUCGGCAACCUACCCGUGCUGAGUCGCCUGAUUUUAGGCUUCAACAAUCUUACAGGGGACAUCCCGCCUUCUUUGGGGAACCUUCCCCUCUUGGCCUUCCUUGAUCUCCUUCAAAACAGCCUUACGGGAGUCAUCCCACCUUCCUUCGGGAACCUCUCCAACCUGAUCUAUCUUUCCAUGUAUAGCAACAAUCUAUCUGGAGUCAUACCGCCUUUUUUGGGGAGCCUCCCCUUGCUGAAGACCCUCGAUCUCUCGGGUAACAGCCUCACAGGAACCAUCCCACCUUCUCUUGGGAACCUCUCCUUUCUCGAUGGUCUUGGUGUUGCCAAAAAUAAUCUCCACGGAGGCAUCCCAUCUUCCCUGGGGAAACUGUUCUCUCUCGCUCAUUUGGAAUGCUCCGAGAACAAUCUUUCGGGUGAGAUUCCAGCUUCAUUUGGACAACUCUCCUCUCUUAUAUAUCUUAAUCUUGGGCUCAACAAGUUGUCAGGUGCCAUUCCUUCCACCCUCUUCAAUCUCUCGGCGAUCAUCCACUUGAGCAUCUACUUUAAUCAACUCUCUGGCACUCUUCCAUCAGAUAUUGGCAAUGCUCUUCCUAACCUUCAAACGUUUUACGUGACCGGGAAUCAGUUCACUGGACCAAUUCCUGCAUCGCUGGCCAAUGCUUCUGCACUCCAAGACAUCGAACUUGCUGGUAAUAACUUCGCGGGCGCGAUCCCUUGGAACCUAGGAAAAUUACAGAGCCUUAACUGGCUUGAUGUCUCCAACAAUCGACUAGAAGCGAAGGAUGUCACUGACUGGAGUUUCAUGACGGCGUUAACCAACUGCACCAAUUUGCAAAAUCUAGAUGUAAGGUACAAUAUACUUGGAGGCAGGAUGCCCAAUUCAAUUGCCAAUCUUUCCACGAGGCUGGAAUAUUUGGCGCUCAAUAAAAACCGGAUAUCGGGAGUAAUACCCGACGGGAUCGGGAAGUUGAUCAACCUAAAUUACCUUGAUAUGGGUACCAACCUUCUCCAAGGCAGUCUUCUUCCAGAAAUUGGGAAGCUUUGGAGAUUACAAAUGUUGUCUUUAAGAGAAAACAUGAUUUCCGGUGAAAUUCCGUCCACACUCGGUAACAUCACCAACAUGGACAGACUGUAUCUCCAACAAAAUGAUUUGGAAGGGAGCAUUCCGUCGGUCUUUGGCAACUUCCAAAAUCUGGAGUUGUUGAGCCUGUCAUCCAACAAGCUCACUGGUGCCAUACCAAAAGAAGUUAUGAGCCUUUCUUCACUCUCCAUCUUCCUUGACUUGUCUCAUAAUCUGUUGAAUGGGUCCAUACCCUCAGAAGUUGAUCUUGACAAGCCUCCAUAUGGAAUUCAACUUGCUUGA